AUGGAGGCUCCUAGAGCUCGCGGAAUGGGCCGAUCGGGUCCCCGGCGCCGAACCGGCUGUCUGACCUGCCGGGCACGCAAGGUCCGCUGCGACGAAGCCAAACCCACCUGUGCCAAUUGCACUCGCCUGCGUCUCCAAUGCGCCUACAAAACCAUCAUCCCGGGGGUCGUGUCGCGACAUCCCAGCCACCAUGGGAACACAACCACAGCGCCAGGCCACCCCACUACCGCCGACCGUUCAGAUGUGAACUUCUUCCACACGGUCCUCUGCAAUGACCGGCUGACCGCGUCGGCGUCAGGGUCGCCGCAGCAGGCGGGCCCUGGCCGCUCGCCACAAUCCCUGAGUACGGAUAUUACCUCGUUCGAUAUCCUCAGUUUCAUCGGCGAGAUCACGUCCGACUUUCAGCAGAAACACCUCGAUCUGACGACGAAUGGACUGGCGGGGUUUCCAGCGGGCUCGGCACCGGCGGCUAUUGCGAAUGAGGAACUCGAUCACAAUGAACAGCCGAUCAGCUGGGGGGCGGGCUCGGUUCCGGCCAUCCAGGGCGACUCUUCGGAUCAGGGUUCCUCUGAUUCAAGUGGGAGUCGGAUGACAUACGAGGAUGAGCUGUUUGCGCAUUUCGUCAUGAGUGACCCGCCGCCGACAAUCUUUGGGCCGGUGACCUUGGAAUGGGAGUACGUGCGGGCGAAUAUUGUUGGACAGUCCCGCGACAGUCGGGCGAUCUUGCAUGGGAUAUACUGCUACGCGGAGAUACAUGAGGCGUCGAUCGAGGGAAAGGCGUGGAAAUUGGCAUCGAAGUAUCACCAGCUGGCAUGCUCGGAGAUUCAGUCGUGCUUGCUAGGCGAGGUAGGGGAGACGAUGCUGAAGAGAGUGUUUACUACGGUGCUGUUGUUGAUGCUAGCUGAGCUCCUGUCCACUCCUGACCUAUGGGGUUCAGGAACAUCCUUCCUUCACUCCGCAUAUCUCCUACUGCAGCGGUUCCACCCCCGGACCAAGUUGUGGACAGGUGUGAGCCAUGUGAUAGUAUCAUGGGUGUCACUGCUGGAUGUCAGAGCACUGAUCGCUGGCCGCGACGGCGAUCCGCUCAUUGAGUUGGGCUGUCUUUCGUCCAAGCCCAGCACCACGCCUGAAAUGUCCACCGAAGACAAAGACGAGGAGAAUGAGCCACCAAACCCCUCAUACCUUAUCCGUGAAGCCAUCACCGGUCCGGCGUUUCGCUUCUUCGUGCAAACACAGCAGGUUAUUCGCCGGAUCGUCUGUAUCGACCUGCACCACCGCAGUCGCGGCACGGUCAGCGAUGAAUUUGAGGUGCUUCAGAUCGCACACCAGGUUGGCGCCGACCUCGAGACGCUCUGGAACCGGCGCCCGCGUGUACUGGAUGUCUACAGCACGCCCGAGGACCUCGUUCAAACUCUACAGCCUGCCAUCGCGUUUGAGGUCUGCCGAACAUUCCGACAGUAUAUUGCCAACUUUCUAGCGAUUUUUAUCUACUUGCACCGAGUUGCAUUUGCCAUCUACCCGCGAACAGACCGGGUGCACCGGGCUGUGGAUCGGAUUAUUCAGUUGGCGACGGUGGAGGUGGAGUCGUCCGGGAGCGACCAGCAACAUCUGCCCGCCAGCUUUGUAUGGCCGUUGUUUGUGGCUGGCCUGGAGGGAUCGAUGGAGCAGCGACGAUGGAUCGUCAAGGAGAUGCAGCGGAUCACAGGCAGCGGGAGUAGUCGCAGUCCGGAUGCUGAGCGUAUCCUUGGAACCUCUCGGACCGCGCGACAUCCGCAUGCGGGCAAGGCGCUGCUGCUGCUGGAGGAGAUGACACGACGACAGGAUGCGUCGCGGACGUGGGCGGACUCGCGAUGUGUGCGACGGGAGUUGUUUACCGACUUUUUCGUGAUGAUCUAG